GUGAGUCGCCCGCGGGACCACAGGCAAUAUCCAUACGCACUUUACGCUCGGUUUACUGUACUGUAAAAUAUGGCAGAAGAAGAAGCUGGUAUUUUUGUUAACCAAGAGCAGUUCAGCUGUCCUAUCUGCAUGGAUCUCCUACGGGACCCUGUAACCAUUCCUUGCGGACACAACUACUGUAUGGAGUGCAUCAAGAGCUUCUGGGAGCAGAAGAGCCAGAGGAAGCUGUGCAGCUGUCCGGAGUGCAGACAGAGCUUCAACCCGAGACCUGCUCUCAACAAAAACACACUAUUCGCCGAGGUUGUGGAGAAGAUGAGACACACUGGGAUACGCUCUCCUACUCUACCUGCUGCUGCCGGAGCUAAAGGUGACCAAGACACCGCAGAAGAAAAGCUUUGUGAAAAGUUUUGUGAGCAAGAGCUCAAGCAAUCCCAGAGGAGAUGCCAGCAGGUUAUAAAGCAGCGUGAAAUGGAGCUACAGGGUCUGAGUCAGGCUGUAAUCUUGCUCAGGAGCUCUGCUCAAGAGGCUGUCGAGGCAACGGAGAAGAUCUUCAGCGAGCUCAUUCACUCAAUCGAAGCUCUGUGUUUUGAGGUGACGGAGAUGAUCAAAGAGAAGGAGCAGGCGGAAUUAGAUGAAGCACAUGGAUUUAUGGAGAAACUAGAGCAAGAGAUCGCAGAGUUCAAGAGGAGAGAUGCUGACUAUGAGAGGCUUGCACAGCUUGAAGAUAAAACACAAUUCCUGAAGGGUUAUGAAAUGCUGUGCAGUCUGCCCAAGUUGCUGACCUCUCCUGCAGUUCUGGUUAAUCCAGACUUCUGUUUUGAGAUGGUGGCCAGAAAACUCACAUACCUGAAUGAGGAUAUUAAAGAUCUGUGCCAGAAGAAAUUGGGGAAAUUAUCAAAAAAAGUGACAAACCUCAAGUUUAUCCCUACUCCUGAACCAAAAGUCAGAGAGCAGUUUUUGGAAUAUUCAGGCCAUCUAACACUCGACCUGAAUACGGCUCACAAAAACCUCAUCAUCUGUCCAGAUAAUGUUCAGGCGACGUUUAGCAAGACUUAUCUAUCUGUCCCUGACCACCCAGAGCGCUUUGACAGCUACUACCAGGUCCUGUGCAGAGAGAGUGUGUCGGGACGCUGUUAUUUCGAGACCGAUUGGACUGGAAAGGGUCCAGUUCACAUUGCUGUGUCCUAUGAAGACAUCAGCAGGAAAGGAAAGAGCAGUCAGUGUGCAUUUGGACACAACGCUCAGUCCUGGAGUCUGGUGUGCUCCGAGGACUCAUAUGCAUUCUGGCACAAUGGAAGAGAAACCAAAAUCCCCAAAACGCAGUUGACUCACAGGAUUGGUGUUUACGUCGACUACUCUGCAGGGGUUUUGGCAUUUUACAGCAUCACAGACUCAAUGAAUCUCAUCCACAGAAUCUGGGCUGCAUUCGCUCAGCCGUUGUAUCCGGGGUUUAGAAUUAACCCAGGGUCCAAUGUGUGUCUUUGUUAUCCACUUUAAUGACACUUAAUUAUUGUUGGCACUACUAUAUGCUUUUUUGGUAAGACUUUAUAAUAACUGCACACUAUGAAUCAUUUAUUAAGCAUUAGUUAAUAGUUAAUUCCUCAUUUGUUAAGCAAGAACUCUACAUUGAUAGACAGUUUAUAAAUACAGCUACUUGUAAGGUCGUUAGGAGACUGUAUUUUCCAACAUAGGCUCAUUCUGAAAUGUAGUCUUUUAUACAUUUCAAUUAUGUAGCCAGAGGUACGUAUGGGUGCAUUUAAUUUUUUAAAUGAACGCUACGGGACGGUAUUCCUUCUUACCAGCUGACCGCUUAGCUCCGUAUGGACAGCUUUCCCACUGUUACCAGUAUGUCCCGUUAGCUCGCCAUGUACAUCAGCAGACUUGAGACGCAGAGAGGAAUUAACCACGACGGUUGUGUUCGAGUCCAGUGAAGAGCGGUUCCAGAAAGCAGACAAGACAAAAUCCAAAAAAUAAUAUAAGCAAGUAAAUAACAAGGUGAUAAUAUGGUAAAACAUGAUUAAAAAACAAGGGCUUUUCUUUUUCUGAAUUGCUUUUGAAAAAUGUUGGUUAGGUUUAGAGAAGUGGGUGGGCAGGUCAAUCUAUAAAAUUGGUUGGGUUUAGGGAAGGAGGAGGGUGGGUCAGUCGAUCGGUCAGUCAGUCAAUAGCGGCCUCUGAUGGAUUUACGCAAGAACAGCAGGCGCAAAUGGCACUCGCAAGAGAAAUUUGAGAUCUCAAAAAGUGUACACAGCGGCCUCUCGUGGAUUCAUGAAAACAAAAUCUUUAAAAAAACAUACCCUUGGUAUGUAUUUAGUGGUCUCCAGAAAUGUAUAUAGAGUUACGUUUUCAGAAUGAGCCUGAGUUGGUAUUUGCAUAAUUUGUUAAUGAUAUACAGGGUGAUUAAAAAUAAAUACUAUAACUUUGAAAAUUGAGAACUCUGCAAAGAAGAAAAGAAGAGCUAAGCUCUUUCUGUCGUGGAUUUAAGGAAGCUCUGAAGUGUAAUUUGGUUGUUCAUUUGGUCGCUAGGGGCGCUGUUGGCCUACAUAACCUUCAUUUCUGUUGUUAAUGCAAAGAUGGCGAGUUCGAGUAUCGGGUUGAUGUCACUCGAGUGUCUGGAGGGGGUCAUAUUGAACAUCUAUGAACUUGUUUUCUGCUGAAAAAAAACUUUAAGUACUCUUACAAGUAGGGCUGUGCGAUUAAUCGAAUCACAAUUUGAAGUGCUUAAAAACCAGUCCACUACGCUUCGGAAAAUUAAACAUGCUAGAUUUUCUGCGAUGGUGUCGAGAGAUGUCGCAGACAUGGUAUCAGUCGUCGUGAACUAUGCCAUUACACAAGAAGAAACGAUUGAAUCUUGUGUCACGAUGUCCAUUUGUCAUUUAUGACUCCACACAACACCCCAAGUCAAGGAAAUCGUGCCAAAUUCGCGUGAUCUGACUGGGGCUUUAUAACUAGCUAGUUGAGUGAGCACACUUUUGCUCUGCCCAAUCAGAAUUGCACAACUGAACUACGCCCACAAUAAAAAAUAAAACAAACAGGAAAGCGCUGACAAGUGGGAUUAUGGCAUCUGCUGCUUCAGAAGCAUUAAUAGACGAAUUAAUGUCAAAGAAAAACUGCAUUUGAAAUAUGGGAAUAUUUUGGUUUCAAAGUUACAGACACCGAACAAAAACAGGUCAUUUUUAGGAGCUGUCGCAGAAUUGUUGCCACGGCAUUCAGAUUAGUGAGCUGAAGCUUGAAUUAAAUUAAAAUCAGCUUGAGUUAAAUUGAAUUAAAUUGUAAAUCAAAAUAUCUGUCAAAAAAAAAAAAAAAAAAAGCAAUUAGGUAUUUUCUCCAAAUCGCACAGCCCUACUCUCCAGGUUCCAUCAUGUUUCUUUGAUUAAAUACAGUUUUUCAAAGUUGUGGUAUUCUUUUUGAAUCACCCUGUAUAUUUUUUCAAUAUUAAAUUAAGUAUACAAAAAAAUUAUCACUUACACCGUUCACGUAACAAUAUUCCAGCGACAAGCAAUCCGCUUGUUCAGUCGUGACGUAUCGAUGGCGUAUGAAAUACUGUUUCCGGGUCUAAGCCGUUACUCAUUUGAAUUGAGAAAAUAUUCGUUUAUGACCACUUUUUAGUCAUAUCAAACAUUAAAAUGAAUUUUAGAUUAAA